GAAAAGCAGGGGCUUGUUUUCUGGUUGGUGGUUGAUUGCAGGUGGCUUACAACCCGGGAAGGAAUCGAAGUUAAGAAUUUUGUGAAAAUUGUCAAAGGAAUUAAAGUCGUGCAAUGGAAGACAACAGACAGAUUGUGACUACAAGGGAAAAUAGUUCACUAUCUUUUCAGGAACUGAAAUCGAUCUAAAGAAGAACAAUAUGGCAAUAGCAUAUUUGUUUCAAGCUUUGUCAGAAGAGAUCUUUGCUGACAUUAACACAAUGCCGUUUCAAGAAGCGGUGGGCAGAUUGAAAGCAUUCGAGGAACGCAUCAGAAAGCCAACUGAGGAAGGAGAUACACAUGGUAAACUACUAUUCACUAAAGGUGAUGGAAAAGAGAAGGUUCAGGAGCAGAAAUGUGAGCAUUGUGGUUGCUGGAGCUCAAACCGAGAAGACUUUGGACGUGGCCGAGCAGGCGGCUCGCUUUUCCCUUUCUUCGUUCUUGAGACCUCGAAACCCUAGCUCCUGGUUUCUUCAAAAGCUUUUCCUCGGAAUUUCUACCGCGAUUUUUAAGUCAAGGAUUCUUCUAAACCUUUGUUCUGUUUUUCCGAAAUCGAGAUUUCCGAUUAGUAAUUUUUUUUUCUUAAAACAAACUUUUCUUUUUAAAUCGAACUUCAAAUCGAUCCGAUCUGAGGAUGUCGAGGUGCUUUCCGUAUCCUCCACCCGGCUAUACGAUUACAAGAAGCAAUGAAGAAGCCGCCUUGAUCGAAUCGAUUAAGGUUUGUUGAAAGAGCACCUAGAUUUACAUGUGUUUAAUGCUCUUUGUAUCGGCUGCUUUGUUGAUGCUAAUCGCCUUGUGCGGGCAACUGGGAUUUGGAUUUGGUGGGAUUGGGAAUUCGGGGAGGGUGUUGUACUGACUCAUGUCCUGUGUGCGUAGGGUUUUGUGUACUUUGGGUUCCAGAUUUGCAUUAAUGUAUCCUGCAUAUACAGAUGCUUAGGUUUAGGCCUUAGGGUUGUUUGAAUUUGUGAUGGAAAGAAUUGAAAUUCAACUUCUUGAGUUUGCAUUGGCUAAGAAGUGGUUUCAUCUAUGACUUCCAAUGAUAUUCUUGUGUUUCAAUGCCAAUACAUCUCAGCCAGGUUGUUUUUUUGUCAUGUGUCUUUGUUUUUAACUAAGACCAAAGCCAUAUCACUGGAAAGGGGUGGCUGUGAAACUCUUCUUUUGGCAGAUUAUCAUUCGUGGGAUAAACUCCAUUGCCUAGGUUUUACUAUGGACCCCCUUUCGACCAAGUUGUGUUUGGUAGGGCUUAUCCUUAAGUAUGGAGCAAAUGGGAAGGAACCAAAUGGGUUUUAAGCUCUAUUUUCCUCCAACACUUGAUUUUUUCAUUUCAAUUAAGAAAUUAGUUUCUCAAUAUUAAAUGAAUCUUUUGGUGUACAAAGAAGAAAUCCAUUCCAAUGAAUUUCUGAAGAGUUGUGUAAGCAAUAACCUCAAUUUUACAAAUGGGAUGGACCGACUUUUUUUGUGCAAAACUGUCAUUUAUACUCAGUGACAUUUAAGAUCAACUAGUAAUUGUUUUGUGUUGGGAAUCUUAGGAUACAUUUUCUGUGCAUUACCAAUUUGUUUGUAAAAACUCCAUGUUUUUGGGAGUAUUCUUAUGUUGAAACCAUUGAAAAAAAUCACUUGUUCAUCCAUCUAUUUUCAUUGGCUGCAUUCAGUACACUUUUUUUUUGUGGUCAUUACUCCAAGUCUCCAACCUAGCGUACCCCUUUCUUUGGCCUCAUAAGAUCCCAUCCUUUUCACUUGUCUCUAUGGUAUGAGUGAGUUUGAUUGGCCAGGAGUGUAUAAGUGGAAAAAUAUUCUCAAUAUUUUUGAACACUGCAUGUUACUUGUGAUUGUGAAGAGUAAUGAGGAGGAGCACUAAGCUUCGUAUAAACAUCCUGACAAUGUUAUUGAGGAUCUUUAUCUAUAUCCUUGUCAUGCUGGAUUUGAUCCUCUUGCUCGAAAUUCUAAAUUUGUUGUCCUGGUUCCCUAAAGCUCCAAAAGGA